GCAGUUUGUUCCUUUUUUUUGGUUUGGGAUUAGUGGAACCAGUUAGAUUUCCCCUUCGCGAUUUUCUCGACCAUUGAUUGUUCGAACUCGGAAUUUGUUCUCUUACUGUUGGAUUUUUGAGGUUAAAAUUUUCAUUUUCGGCUACCAACUCGUUCUUCCGAUGGCGCAGUCAGCGGCGUUGAUUUGAGACAGUUGGUCGCUUAAAAAUUGUAACUUUAUCUUCGAUAUAAUCAAGGGAAGUGUUGGAAUACCUUGGUUCUCGGAUGAGCUCCUUGUGCCCUGCAAGAGGGAACUUCAAUUCUAGAUAGAGUUUCUGAGAAUAGAAAAAAAAAAAGGAUUCAGCAUGAACAUCAUUGGAUCCGUCUCCCAUGUGAAAUUAAGUGUAACUGCCCAAAAUACAUACCGGUGGGAUCAAAAUCUUGGAAAAAGGAGCACAUUUCACAAUGAUUCUGGAAGCAAUCACAUAUUGGGAAGUGGUGUGUUCAUGGGUUGUCUGAUGAAGGCUACAAUCUCAUUGCACACAGCCAUGAAGCCAAGAUACGGAGCAAAAUCUCUCCAGGUUUUAUGCAAAGAUUUUCCAAGACCUGAACUUGAGAACACUAUAAAUUAUUUAGAAGCUGCACAAUUAUCUUCAUCCUUCAAGACUGGUCCUCGUCCAAAUAUACCUCUGAAAAUUGUAAUAGCUGGUGCAGGUUUGGGUGGCUUAUCUACAGCAAAAUACCUAGCAGAUGCAGGCCAUAAACCUAUACUCUUGGAGGCAAGAGAUGUGCUAGGUGGAAAGGUUGCUGCUUGGAAAGACAGUGAUGGCGACUGGUAUGAGACUGGCCUCCACAUAUUCUUUGGAGCAUAUCCAAAUAUACAGAACCUGUUUGGGGAACUUGGGAUCAAUGAUCGCUUGCAAUGGAAGGAACACUCCAUGAUUUUUGCUAUGCCAAACAAUCCAGGAGAAUUUAGCAGAUUUGACUUUCCAGAGGUUCUUCCUGCGCCUCUCAAUGGAAUAUUUGCAAUUUUGAGAAACAAUGAAAUGCUGACUUGGCCUGAGAAAGUACGCUUUGCUAUUGGGCUUUUGCCAGCAAUUCUAGGUGGCCAAGCUUAUGUUGAGGCUCAAGAUGGUUUGACUGUUACAGAAUGGAUGAAGAAGCAGGGUGUGCCAGAUCGAGCCAAAGACGAAGUUUUCAUUGCUAUGUCAAAAGCACUCAACUUUAUAAACCCUGAUGAGCUCUCCAUGCAAUGUAUUCUAAUUGCCUUGAACCGUUUUCUUCAGGAAAAGCAUGGCUCGAAGAUGGCUUUCUUAGAUGGUAAUCCUCCUGAAAGAUUAUGCAGGCCAAUUGUCGAACAUGUUUUGUCAUUGGGUGGUGAAGUUCUGCUUAAUUCACGAAUUCAGAAAAUUGAGCUAGAUCCUGAUGGAACCGUGAAGCAUUUGUUGCUUACUAGUGGGGAAAUAAUUAGUGGAGAUGUUUAUGUAAUUGCCACACCCGUUGAUAUUUUGAAGCUCCUUUUGCCUAACGAGUGGAAGGGAAUAUCCUACUUCAAGAAGCUGGAGAAGUUGGUGGGGGUCCCGGUAAUCAAUGUCCACAUCUGGUUUGACAGAAAACUGAACACCUACGACAAUCUUUUGUUCAGCAGGAGUCCACUUUUGAGUGUUUAUGCAGACAUGUCAGUCACAUGCAAGGAAUACUAUGACCCCAAUCAUUCCAUGCUAGAAUUAGUUUUUGCUCCUGCCGAAGAAUGGAUCUCACGCACUGACCAAGAGAUAAUUGACGCUACAAUGACAGAACUUUCCAAGCUAUUUCCUGAUGAAAUUGCUGCAGAUCAGAGUAAAGCUAAGAUACUGAAGUAUCAUGUGGUAAAGACACCAAGAUCUGUUUACAAGAAUAUUCCAGGUUGUGAGCCAUGCCGCCCUUUGCAAAGAUCGCCAGUUGAGGGUUUCUACCUGGCUGGUGACUAUACCAAACAGAAAUACUUGGCUUCCAUGGAGGGUGCUGUUUUAUCAGGGAAGCUUUGUGCACAGGCUAUUGUACAGGACUAUGAUUUGUUGGUAUCUCGAGCCCAGCGAAGCCAAACAGCCAAGAUGAGUGUUGCCUAAUGGAUUUACCUCACAACUAAAGAAGGAAGCAUAACAUUUAUUCUUGCCCCUGUUUUGAAAAAUGAGCCUGUAACCCCAAACAGCUCAAAUUUUAUGUAAUUCAAUUCCACAUCAAACUCCCAAUCCUGCCUCCAUAUACAGGGUAUUGUAUCUUCACUCUGCUUCUUCUAAUUUAUUUUCUUGAUAGAAAUAUUAAAUAUGAAUUCACUCUAGCGUUAAGGGUGGUAAGCAAGCCAAGUCGAGUCAAACUUUAUGGUAUUCAAGCUUGUUUGAUAAGAUAACUGGAUCAAGUUGAGCUAAGUCUAAAAUGAAUUAAGUCGUUGAAA